AAGAGAAAUAUAAAAUACAACCAAAUUCCGGACAUGAAGAUCGUGACAUUGGUACUCGUUGUCUUCGUCAUCCUUUCGACAUCAUUCCCGGCUGCCAUCGUCAAAGCCGCAGACACGGGAGAUACAGGAGACACGGGAGAUACAGGAAAUGUGGGAGUGACAUGUGACGCAAGGCAGCUUCAGCCUUGCCUUGCCGCGAUUACGGGAGGAGGACAACCCUCAGGUGCAUGUUGUGCAAAGCUUACAGAGCAACAAUCAUGCCUUUGUGGUUUCGCUAAGAACCCUGCGUUUGCACAGUACAUUAGCUCUCCAAACGCUCGCAAAGUGCUCGUUGCUUGUGGUGUUGCUUAUCCUACUUGUUGAAAUAUACACUACUAGAGAUUUUAUAAAUAAAUAAUUGAAAU